AUGCACCUCCCACCAGCCCUCCAAUCCUCCCUGACCCAAAACCCACUCAUCCAAGUCCGCCAUCUUGCCGCCGGCCUCUCCCGCCAAAUGUCCCGCAUCGAGAUCCAAAUGGCGGACAACGAGCCCUUCGCAACCGGCAAGAACCUCUACAGCGGCGGCGAAAUCAUCCGCAAGUACCUCCCCGACAUCGAAACCCUCUUCCAGCAGCGCCCCACGCCCCAGCGCAUGAUCUUCGAGUUGCUCAUGGAACUCAAAGACCUCGUCUACGCCGGCAUGCUAGGAUGCGAACGCGAAGUCAUAGAGUGGGAUCUCAACAACUUCUCUUCAUUCGAGGAUCUCGACGAAGCUAUCGUUCGGGCUAUCACACCCAUGUCUUCAGAUACAGCACGUCCUGACUCUGCGACCGGGACACGCAAACUGCUCCGCAGGAAACCUUCAAGUCUAGCAGGCCCGAGUCGCCCCUGGCUCCACGAAGAAUCGGAAAUCCUCUUCCACCUUGAAUCCCUUGACACCACCGCUUCUGCAAUGACACACCUCCCCGUUCCCGUCACGGACUUCGUCGCUAAAUCCGCUAUCACGCUGCGCCGCACGCUUCCCCGGCAGGUCCUCAACGACCACAGUCUGGCGAAGAGGAAGAGAACAGGGAGGUGCGCUGAGUACGCACGCUGUAUGAAGUGGGCGGGCACGAGCUGGCGACAGGGCGGCGGGUGUAGGAGGGGAUGUAAGAAUGAAGAUGAGGAUCCGGAAGGGUUGCCGAGCUGGCAUAGUAGUAGUCGGUGGUUUGACCAGACGGGGACGUACAUGGUUGGUGGAGGGAGGGGGAGUGUAGAGCGGAAGUCGAGUGUGCCAAGGGUGAGGGAGAUUUGA